UUGGAAACAGAAGCUCCACGCUGCUUUAUAAUCUACAUGUCAUAUGAGUGUGUGUGGGUCAAAUAUUUUCCUGUAGCUGCCAUUAGCAUGUCAAAUCCAAAGAGGAUAUAAUCAGUCGCCGAGUCGGUUCGGUACAUCUUCCUUGUUUGGGGAUCUUAAAGGUAAAGACAUGGACCAAGAGAACUGCUCUCCUCUCAAACACUUUGUACUGGCCAAAAAGAAGAUUGGUGAUGUUUUUGAGCAGCUGCUUAAUUACGUUGAGGCUAGUUCACAGUUUGUUAAAGAUACAUGUUAUAAUGAGUCGUUAGAGCACAUUGCAAACAGAGAUCAGUUGGAUGAGAUCGAGGCGUACACCAGCAGACUAGCAGUUAUCAAAGAGGUGCUGGCUCGCAGACAUAUGAAGGUGGCCUUUUUUGGCAGAACAAGCAAUGGAAAGAGCACAGUUAUCAAUGCCAUGCUGCGCGACCGGGUGAUGCCCAGUGGCAUCGGCCACACAACAAACUGCUUUUUGAGUGUUGAAGGCACUGAUGAAGACAGGGCUUAUCUGAAGACUGAGGGAUCAGAGGAAGAGAAGAGCAUCAAGACUGUCAACCAGCUGGCUCAUGCACUGCACAUGGAUGAGAGUCUUGAUGCCGGGUGUCUGGUUAAGGUCUUCUGGCCCAAAACGAAGUGCAUCCUUCUUAGGGAUGACCUAGUACUCAUGGACAGUCCUGGCACUGAUGUCACCACAGAGUUGGACAGCUGGAUUGACAAGUUCUGUCUGGAUGCUGAUGUGUUUGUGCUGGUGGCCAACUCGGAGUCCACGCUAAUGAACACAGAGAAACACUUCUUCCAUAAAGUCAACGAACGACUUUCGAAGCCCAACAUUUUCAUCCUGAAUAAUCGCUGGGACGCUUCCGCCUCUGAACCUGAAUACAUGGAGGAUGUGCGUAAGCAGCACAUGGACCGGUGUGUGAACUUCCUGGUGGAGGAGCUCAGGGUGGUGGAUCGCCAACAGGCUCCCAAUCACAUCUUCUUCGUGUCUGCCAAGGAGGUGCUGAACUCCAGAAUGCAGCGGGCGCAGGGUAUGCCAGAGUCUGGUGGAGCAUUAGCAGAAGGCUUCCAGGAGAGACUGAAGGAGUUCCAGAGCUUUGAGAGGACGUUUGAGGAGUGUAUCUCGCAGUCAGCAGUGAAAACAAAGUUUGAGCAGCACACAAUCAGGGCAAAGCAGAUCACUGAAAGUGUUAAAGGCAUCAUGGAUCAAAUCCACAUUACUGCCGCUGAGAAGAGGGUGGCCUCUCUGGAGGAGAGAGAGUAUCUGAUGGACCGCUUAGAGUUUGUCCGAAAUCAGCUCAACCUUCUCAUUGAGGAUAUCAAAAAGAAAAUUAAGAUGGUCUCAGAGCAGGUGGCCAAUCAGGUAUCGAAUGCCAUGGCGGAGGAGAUCUGUCGACUCUCGGUGCUCAUAGACGAGUUUCAUUCAGACUUCCACCCAUCUCCUCAUGUGCUAAAGAUGUACAAAUCGGAGCUGCUUAGUCACGUGGAGAAGGGAAUGGGAAAGAACCUGGCUUUCCGCUGCUCCGAUGCAGUCAACGCUUCUGUGCAGUCCUCUCAGAAAGAAAUGAUCGAAUGUUUGCAGCCUUUGCUACCCGCUGAUGUUCAGAGCCAGAUCCACAUGCUGAUUCCUUCCAGGAAGUUUGACCUCAGCUAUGACCUGAACUGCGCAAUACUCUGCACCGAUUUCCAGGAGAACAUCGAGUUUCAGUUCUCUCUUGGCUGGACUGCUCUGGUCAGCCGUUUCCUCGGGCCAGCCAACGCCAAGCGCGCCCUCAUGCUGGUGGAUCAAAACCUCCAGCUCACACGUCCUUUGGCCACCACUCCAGUAAGUGGCGCCAUUGCACAGGCUCCACCCCCUAGAGCUGCUGCAGCUACUUCAAACCAAUCCCAGGCUGUGGUGAGCCAGGAGGAGCUCAUGAUGUCUAUGGUUGCAAAUCUGGCUUCCAUCACCUCACGCACUUCCAUGAGCGUGGUCAUCGUUGGGGGAGUGGUGUGGAGGAUGAUAGGCUGGAGAGUCAUCGCUCUAUCCUUGAGUCUUUAUGGCAUGGUGUACUUAUUUGAGAGACUCACAUGGACCACCAAGGCUAAGGAGCGAGCACUGAAGAAGCAGUUUGUAGAUUAUGCCACCGAGAAACUCCAGAUGAUCGUCAGCUUCACCAGUUCAAACUGCAGCCACCAAGUACAGCAGGAGAUAGCCAGCACGUUUGCCAGGCUGUGCCAGCAGGUGGACGUAACCCAACGGGACCUGGAGAGUGAAAUCAGCCGGCUGACGACAAAGAUUCAGCAGCUGGAGACGGUCCAGAGCAGCUCCAAAUCACUGAGACACAAAGCCACAGAUUUGGAGAGGCAGCUGGAGAGCUUCUCGAGCCAGUAUCUCCACCCACAGAACUGAAUUCCCCACUCUCAUUCAGCGCCACGGUCUCAGGCCAUCUGCCACAAGACUUUCAGUUUAUUCCACCAGGAAGGAUCCACACAAGAUGCGUAGCAGCUGUAUGAAAAGCCGCACUUUAAAGAAGGUUAUCAAUGAAAAACUGUCACAUACACUUGCACUGUCAUGGGUUGGUUUCUGGCUUUCUUAUUAUGGACAGUUGAGUUGUGAUUUGAUUUGCUGUGUUCGAAUUGAAUCUGUUCUGUAAUGAUAUGAUUGAUUACCGAACUCCGCAAAAACACUACUUUUAUGAACUUUUGAAAGAAAACGAUGACGAAAAAGGCUGAGCUGUAAAAUCAACACCAUGGCACUUCUCAGAACACUGAAAAGCAUUUUUUACUAAACAAAACCAUUAUUACUUUGUUCAUUAUCUCACGGUCUUGAAACAGAGCCCUUUUCUGAACCAUGUUUUCUAGAAGGGAAAGGUCAAAAACUAUCUAAUUUGUAGAUAGCCUUUUGAUCGGUGCCUAUUUUCGAUAUGUUCCUCAAAUCUUUCUAUGAUUCUAACCCAUUCUGAAGAUUUUUUUUUUUUUGGACUGUGCUUUGUAAAAAUGUGAAAUGUUCAACUAAAAAAAAAAGUUGGAAAAAUUGAGAACAUAAUUAAAAUAUUACCCAUGA